AUGGUAGAUAAUGAGGAGGAAGGUGGCUUUGUGGAAACGGUUACAACUAAAUUGGGUGAGGGAAUCAAAAUUCCUUUUUGGACUGGCAGGUGGAUUGGGCAUAAACCCCUGUGCAGCAGUUUUCCUUCUUUGUACCAGAUGAUUGAGAAUAAAAAUUCGAGCAUUUUAGAAAUGGGCAGGUGGAAGGCAAACAAUUGGCUGUGGGGGCUGCAUGAGUAUAACAUACAACAGGACCAAGAGCCUGGUGGGAAUUCGGGUGUGUAUGUGGUGGGAGAGUAUUAUAACAAACUCUUGAGGGAGGUUACGGAGGAAGAGGGUCAGCCAGAUGUGAAGGUAGCGCUGAAUGUGUUAUGGCAGUCAUGGUUGUCGUCGAAAGUCAAAAUCUUCGGCUGGAGAUUGCUGAAGGAUAGACUAGCAACGAAACAACAGCUGAUCAAAAGAGGCAUAAUAGAGCCUAAUGAUGAAAGUUUGUGUGUUUUUGGGUAUGGACAAUUAGAAGAUUCUAUACAUUUGUUCUUAAACUGCCCAUUUGUAAGAAAAGUGUGGGAGAAAAUUCUGGUGUGGCUUGGUAUAAAUGUUGUAACAGACACAGAUUGUCCAGGUCAUUUUAUGCAGUUGAUGGAAAACAUGAGGAGCUCGUGUUCAAUUCGGAGAGCAGCGGUCUUUUGGAUGGCUUUAUGCUGGAGUGUUUGGAAUCAGAGGAAUAAUAUCAUUUUCAGUAGUGCUGUUGGAGAUAUUGAGGAAAUUGUGCAUGGUGUGAAGAUGUACUCUUGGUGGUGGCUAGCUUUGGGAACAAAACAUAAAGUGUAUUGUAGUUUUUAUGAAUGGAAUCAUAGUCCUCUAGAUUUCAUCUAG